AUGGCCGCUCCACCGUCUAUCGAAGCGGAUGCGCAGAAGCUCAUCAACCUUCUCAACCGACAAAAGGCGCUUCAUCGUUCGGCGAACGCACGACGAGGCCAAGUCGCCCAAAACAAGCCCUCUCGUGCCGACCUUCAAGACCAGUUCAGCGAGCAAGCUGAGUGGGAGCUUGCCCAGGAGCUUGCAAAGCCUCAGGGGAUCAUCCGAACAACGAUUGUGGGCUACGCAUACUCACCUUGCAUCCUUCCGGUGGCGCAGCUGAAGCCUAUCACCAUCGACGAGCUGCGCUUGGAAACACACCAUCGUGGCAGAGUUCUAUUCGUCAAGACCUUCGGUUUACCGCUUCGAUUUCAAGCAGUGCAGAACUGCGUUGAAGACCAGGUCGGGGAAGUGGAUCGCCUGUCAGUGUACAACUUCGAGAAGUCGCUGAAGUCAACCGAGGUGCUGCCACGAGGCGCUGUGUUUGCUGUCAAGGAGCCGUACUACAAGGUGACUGGUGAUGGCGGCGUGCAAGUUCGUGUGGAUCACCCCUCAGACUUGGUGAAGAUGUCGGAAGAUGAUGCGCGUGUGCCGCUGGGUCUGCAGCCAAAAUUGAGAGAGCUGCGUGAGGACGACUCGGCAGAGCAAUGGAAGGCGAAGGGCAACGAAGCAUUCAAGAUGAAGGACUUUCGCGGCGCAGUGAACGCAUACUCAAAUGGUUUGAAAGUGACGGGGAGCGACAUUCAGCAGAUGACGACCAAGAAGGAUCUGUUGCGCAACCGGGCCAUCGCUCACAUCAGCCUCAGUCGGUUCGAAGUUGGACUAGAGGACGCGCAGAAGGCUGUGGUCAUGACUGGCGGCGGUCAUAAUCAGGAAUUCGAGAAGAGCAAGAACAACGCCAAAGCGUUCUACCGCGCUGGAUGUGCUGCGUAUCACCUGCGCAAGUUUCAGCUCGCCAAGAGCGAAUUCGAGAAAGUACUAGAGUGCAUGCCAUACGAUGCUGAUGCCAUACGCGAACUCGUCCGUACGGGGCGCCGCUUGGAAGAGCAAGAGACGGGCACCUACAACUUCGAAGAGAUGAUUAAGACUGUGAAGCAGCGCAAGCAGCGUCGACUUGAUUACGCGGAUUACGACCUGAAAGUCAUCAAGAAGCAAAGCAAGACCGGUGGCAAUGGACUUUUUGCCACGGAGCCGAUCAAAGCCGGUGAACUGGUGCUGUGCGAGAAAGCCUUCGCUGUGGCGUUCAAAGACGAAGAGGUCGGUAAAUCGGGUCUCAUCGUCAACAUGAACCGCGACACAAUGUCGACGGGCACACAUACCACUCGCCUCAUCUCCGUCGUGAACAAGCUCUUGCACAAUCCGAACCAAGCCGCACUCUUCUCCGAACUCAAUGACGGAGGAGGAUACACACCGCAGAGCAAAAUCAAGCUGGUGGACGGAGUGGUCCCCGUGGACACUUUUCAAGUGCAAGCUGCUCUUGAGAUCAACGGCUUUGGCUGUCCAGAAAUGGCCACUGCGAUUGGAACACGACCCGAAGAAAAGGAAGAGGCAUCGGAUACUGCGACUGGAGUCUGGAUCACCGCUUCUUUCGCCAACCACGAUUGCAUCGGCAAUGCUCACCGCUCGUUCAUUGGCGACUUCAUGAUCAUCCGCGCCACGAAGGACAUCGCCAAAGACGAGGAAAUCCUCCACACUUAUGUCGAAGCGAACGAUGAUCACGAGCAGUUCCAGAAGACUCUGCAGCGGUCGUGGGAUUUCAAAUGCAGGUGUCGCUUGUGCGUGGCGGAGAGCAAGACGUCCGGCCAGCAACGCAAACACCGCAUGGGCUUGUUCAAGACAGCCAAUGAGUUCCUUCGUGCCAGUCCGGUCAAUCCGGUCAAGGCGCCGGCGAAACAUCUGGUGACACAAGCAGAGAAGCUGUGGAAGAGACUCGAUGAGAGCUACGAUGACAAGGUCUUCACACGAGGUCUGCCUCGUCGUGGUCUCCGUGAUCUUGCCCACUGGCUCUGCAUGGCCCACAUGCUCCUCGGCUCCCACCACUCCACCAUCCAGGACUGGGCCACACGCUGCUUGCAGUCGCAGGGGAUUCUCAUCAGCAUGGUCGACCACAAGCUGAUUGUGGAUCGGAAGCUCUCUCAGCAUGACGACACUGGCGUGCACGCGGCCACAUACCUGGCGAGUGUGUACCAAGACCAGGACCCGGCCAUUGCCACGCAGCUGGAGGGUCUGGCGAGUGAGCUGUAUCAGAUUCGCGUUGGCUCGAUGCAUGGGUACAAUGGCAAUUCUCGUAUUUAA